AUGCCAUGGCUACGGUGGCUGCUUUUAUUUCUCCCUGUGACCGCCGUGUCUCCGCGCAGCUUCCCCUGGCGGCGCCGCGAUGCUGUGGCGGCGGCUGGGGCAGCUGGGGCGUGGACGCCGGCCGACGCCAAAGCUGACGUCCAAUGGGCCGAAGAAGUCCUAUCGGCGGGGGGAAAUGCCGAUUCACCGUGGAACAAACCCAGGAGUUACACGGCAUUUAGCUUGAGCAAUGGCUUACGUGUCCUGCUGGUGGAGGACGAUGCCACGGAUCAGAUGGAGAUGGCCUUCACCCUGCCCUUCGGUCAGUUCGACGACCUCAAAGACCUCCCAGGCCUGGCGCAUCUCACCGAGCACCUGCUGCUGUCAGGGCCUGGGCCCAGCGAUGCCCUGCAGGCUCUGGCCAAAGCACCCGAUGUGAGAUUCCAAUCCAUUGAUGCCAAGCUCUCCAAUGCCUUGAGGAAAGUCAUUGACAAUGCUGGGGACAAGUCCAUGCAAGUGAAGUAUGACAUGUCCAUGAAGAACCAAUUGUAUGGGAGAAGUGGGGACUUCAUCAAGGGACGAGAACUAUUCGCAAUGAUAUUGAUUAGUUUCAAAUCACCUGAUCACACUGAAGUUCUCUACAAUGCCCAUCAUUUGUAUAUGUUCAACUAUUAUGGAGAUGACCAACUUGAGGCAUUCUACAACAAGUGGCUUGACAUCGUAUACAACAUGAAACAUGAUGAUCUGCCUUCCAACAAUUCCCUGCGUGACACAUUGUUCCGGAAGAUCGAACACUCAAAGCUUAUGGCCUUCGAUAUCAACCGAUACAAAACCUUUGAUGAAGGACAUCAUGAGAAGACCUAUGCUUACCUGACUGGUAUGAUCAAGGGAUACAUAGCAGGAGGGAAGCAAGAGCGACUGUUGAAAGAUAGAGAACGUGCAGUGAAACUGUCAUUGUCCUCUAACAAGACGACACCUGCCUUAGAAGAUGCAGACAAGCCUGCCGCUCCCGUCAAGACCAAGAAGGAGAAUGAAGCAGCUGCAUCGUCUACAGGUGAUCCUCCCAAACGUCCUAAGGCGAAAGCGAAGAGUGAAGCUGCAUCAGUACUUCCUACACCUUCUCCGAAAUCCCAUGCCGACAAGAACAACAAGAAAGGCAAAGGUGGGAAGGGAAGAUCAUCUUCACCCGUUGACAAGAAGAAGAUUUUCUGCAAUUACUUCUUCAAUAAAGGAGGAUGCAACAAAGGUGACAAAUGUCUUUACAGUCAUUCUCAGAAAGUCUAUGAUGCCAAGAUGAAAG